CCUCGGCUGCUCAUCAGCCCCCGGGGGUAUUUAUGCAGGCGAGGUCCAACACUCCCUGUGCUGUCAGUGCUGGGAGCGGAGGAGCCAGCUGCAGCUGAGUUCACUAUGGCAUCACGGAAGACCACAAAAAAGGAUCUGCUGAAGGCUGAGGAACAGCAGCAAGGGAGUGCUGUCAAUAGAGUCACCAGCUUACCCUUGCUCAACUCUGCUUUUAACCUGGUCUCAUCUGCCUACAACUAUACCAAGGAGACCCAUCCUUGCCUCAGCGGUGUCUGCAAUGUGGCUGAGACCGUAGCUGCUGUCGCCGUAGGCAGCGUGGUUGGGGGGGCACAGCCCAUCCUGAACCAACUGGAGCCACAGAUUGCACUCGUAAAUGAAUAUGCCUGUAAAGGACUGGAUCAGCUGGAGGAGAACUUGCCUUUUCUUCAACAGCCAGCAGAUAAGGUAAUCUCAGACACCAAGCAGCUGGUUUCCACCAAAGUGACAUCCGCUAUGGAUGCUGCCUGCGAGGCAAGAGAAGCAAUGGCCAAUAAAGUGACUGAAGCUGUGGACCUCACUAAAAGUGCUGUUGGGGACAGUGUCAAGCUGACCAGGUCAGUGGUCACUUCCACUAUUAACAGUGCUGUGGAGGCUGCUCAUGGUGCCAAGGACCUGGUGACCACCAAGGUGACCGAAGCGAUGGACCUCACAAAACACGUGGUGGAGGACAGCAUUGAACAUACCAAGUCUGCUGUAGCUUCUACUAUUGUCAACGCUGUGGAAGCUGCCCAAGGUGCCAAGGACCUGGUGACCACCAAGGUGACCACCAAGGUCACCACCAAGGUGACCGAAGCAGUGGAGGCUGCCCAGGGUGCCAAGGACCUGGUGACCACCAAGGUGACUGAAGCAAUGGACCUCAGUAAACACAUGGUGGAGGACAGCAUUGAACAGACCAAGUCUGCUGUAGCUUCUACUAUUGUCAGUGCUGUGGAGGCUGCCCAGGGUGCCAAGGACCUAGUGACCACCAAGGUGACCACCAAGGUGACCGAAGCAGUGGAGGCUGCCCAAGGUGCCAAGGACCUGGUGACCACCAAGGUGACUGAAGCAAUGGACCUCAGUAAACACAUGGUGGAGGACAGCAUUGAACAGACCAAGUCUGCUGUAGCUUCUACUAUUGUCAGUGCUGUGGAGGCUGCCCAGGGUGCCAAGGACCUGGUGACCACCAAGGUGACUGAAGCAGUGGAGGCUGCCCAGGGUGCCAAGGACCUGGUGACCACCAAGGUGACCACCAAGGUGACCGAAGCAGUGGAGGCUGCCCAAGGUGCCAAGGACCUGGUGACCACCAAGGUGACCACCAAGGUGACCGAAGCAGUGGAGGCUGCCCAAGGUGCCAAAGACCUAGUGACCACCAAGGUGACUGAAGCAAUGGACCUCAGUAAACACAUGGUGGAGGACAGCAUUGAACAGACCAAGUCUGCUGUAGCUUCUACUAUUGUCAAUGCUGUGGAGGCUGCCCAGGGUGCCAAGGACCUGGUGACCACCAAGGUGACCGAAGCAGUGGAGGGGGCCAAGGACCUUGUGACUAAUAAGGUGACAGAGGCAGUGGACUUCAGUAAGCAUAUUGUGGAAGACGGUGUUGGACGAACCAAGUCUGCUGUAGCUUCUACUAUUGUCAAUGCUGUGGAGGCUGCCCAGGGUGCUAAGGACCUGGUGACCACCAAGGUGACCGAAGCAGUGGACCUCAGUAAGCACAUGGUAGAAGACAGCGUUGGACGGACCAAGUCUGCUGUUGCUUCUACUAUUAGUGCUGCUGUAGAGGCUGCCCAGGGUGCCAAGGACCUGGUGACCAACAAGGUGACUGAAGCCAUGGACCUGACCAAAGGGGCUGUUCAAGACAGUGUUGAGAAGACCAAAUCAGUGGUCACUUCCACAGUCAGUACAGCUCUGGAUGCUGCAUAUGGCACCAUUACUAGCAAAAUCAAUACAGCCCUGGAGCAGGGCAAAGGGGCUCUCCAGGAGGGGGUGGAAAUGACCAACUCGGUGGUGACCAACAGCAUAAGCAAAGCCAAGGCAGUGAGCCAAGCAGUGGGAGGUGGUGUGGAAGCUGUCCUGGGUAUGUCAGAAGACCUGGUGGAUCACUACCUCCCCAUGACAGAGGAGGAACUAGGUAAUCUGGCCACCUCUGAGGGACCUGGCAUGGCUUCUGUGGAGGAGCAGAGGCACAACAAGAGUUACUUUGUGCGCCUGGGGUCCCUGUCGACCAAAGUGCGGCGCCGAGCCUACCACCUCUCCCUGCACAAACUGCAGCACCUCAGGCAGAGCACCCAGGAGACGCUCUCCUGGCUCCAGCUGGCAAUAAAACUGAUUGAGUCUGUGAAAGGGGAGGUUGGCCAGAAGCUUCUGGAUGGGCAGGAGAAGCUCCAUCAGCUGUGGCUGGACUGGAGCCUGACCCAACCCAAAGGAAACCAAGUCAGAACUGCCUCCCAAGUAGAGGUAGAGUCCCGGACUCUAACCAUGCUGCAUAUCAUCACCCAGCAGCUCCAACCCAUUUAUGAGAACCUGAAAGCCAGCAUCCAAGGCCUGCCCAGCAACAUCCAAGCAGCUGUGUAUCAGGGCACCCGGAACAUCCACAAGCUCCACAGAUCUUUCUCCAGUGCUGUGUCCUUCCAGGACCUCUCCAGCACCACCCUGACCCGGAGCCAGGACCGGGUGGCAGAAGCCCGAAGGUCCCUUGAUGUGCUCUUUGAGUACGUCACUCAGAACACUCCUCUCAACUGGGUUGUGGGGCCCUUCAGGGCAGAGGCUACCGUGUCACAGGGGAGCAGGAAGCAGCAGAAGAAAGAUUCGGUGCCUCCAAUGAAAUCACCUGUGCUGGAAAAGGCCACAUCAUCAAAGGAGGGGGCUGAGACACCCGAAGAACCAAAGGGAGCACACGAGGUCCUAGGGGAAGGGGGUGAAGUGCUGGAGAAGCUGGAGGAGAAGGCAGAGGAAGACACAGAGGUGGCACUGGCUGCAAAGGAGGUAAAAACUAAAGCACCAGAGGAGGAUCUCUGAAGAACUCCAGCUCCUGUGGCCAUGGCUCCCUGGCUAGAACAUCACUUUGUCUCCCAAUCAUGUGCCAGAAGUGCCUCCUGCUGCCUCACUGAGCCUCCAGUGAGAUCUGGUUUGGAAGGAGACUCAAACCCAAGUGGGCUGAUUCCAUAC